GGACGCGCCCAGGUCGCUGCCGCUGCCGGGACGCGGGGCGGGGGCGGCGGCGGAGCCGGCCCGGCCAUGGACGAGCAAGCGGGGCCCGGCGUUUUCUUCAGCAACAACAACAACAACAACGCGCUGCUGCUGCCGCCGCCGGCCGGCGGGCCGGGGCUGGAGCCGGGAGAGGCGGCGGCGGCGGGAGGAGGAGGCGGCGGCGGGGGGGUCUCCGGUGCCGCCGCGCCGGUGCCGGCGUCCCGGGCUCAGUACAGCGUGCCGGGCAUCCUGCAUUUCCUGCAGCACGAGUGGGGCCGCUUCGAGGCGGAGCGCGCCGAGUGGGAGGCGGAGCGGGCGGAGCUGCAGGCCCAGAUCGCUUUCCUUCAAGGUGAAAGGAAGGGACAAGAAAAUCUGAAGAAGGAUCUAGUGCGGAGAAUCAAAAUGCUGGAAUAUGCACUUAAACAGGAAAGGGCUAAAUAUCACAAAUUAAAAUAUGGCACAGAAUUGAAUCAGGGAGAUAUGAAGCCACCAAACUAUGAUUCUGAUGAAGGGAAUGAAACAGAGAUUCAGCCACAACAAAACAGUCAGCUAAUAUGGAAACAAGGACGACAGCUGCUAAGACAGUAUCUGCAAGAAGUGGGCUACACCGACACGAUAUUGGAUGUGAAGUCAAAACAAGUACGAGCUUUAUUGGGACUUUCAAGUGAUGCUUCAGAGAAGGAAAACAGAAAUCAAGAACCAAUGGUAAAUGGUACAGAGGGCCAGAUUAAAGAAAACACAAUGAUUGGGAAGCCAGAAUUGACUGACUCUGCCUCUCUGCUAGAGACCUUCAAGUUCCUUGAAAAUGCAGCUGCAGACUUUAGUGAUGAAGAAGAUGAGGAAGAUAUUGAAGGAAGAGAGAAAACAAUCAUUGAUACCGCAACAAUUGUAAGGAAAAGAGUGCUGUCUGACAGUUGUGAAGACAGAGAUACAGAAGAAGCUUUGAAAGAGUUUGACUUCUUGGUUACCUCAGAUGAAGGUGAUGGGGAAUCAAGGAGUUCAGGAGAUGGAACAGACUGGGAAAAGGAAGACCAGUGUCUCAUGCCUGAAGCUUGGAAUGUCGACCAGGGAGUAAUAACCAAACUCAAGGAACAAUACAAAAAGGAGCGCAAGGGGAAAAAGGGGGUGAAGAGAAAAACUACCGAAGAUAUGUUUCAGCCUCAAUCCUAUAUAAAACAGUCAAAACAGGGAUGUGGGAAAAUGAUGGAGCAAAGCACAGGGCCCAACAGGUCAAAGCUGCAAGAUAUGCUUGCAAACUUGAGAGAUGUUGAUGAUCUCCCUUCAUUACAGCCAUCUGUUGCACCUUCUUCUAGGCCCAGUAGCUCAAGGCUCAUUGAACAUGAGAUAAACAGGACAGAUGAAGUGGAAGCUUUAACAUUCCCUCCUUCUUCAGGGAAAUCUUUCAUUAUGGGAACAGAUGAAGCCCUUGAAAAUGAACUGGGUCUUGGAGAACUGGCAGGCCUCACGGUAGCCAAUGAGGCAGAUUCGCUGACUUACGAUAUAGCAAACAAUAAGGAUGCAUUGAGAAAGACUUGGAACCCCAAAUUCACAUUAAGAAGCCACUUUGAUGGAAUAAGAGGUCUGGCUUUUCAUCCAGUUGAACCAGUGUUAAUAACAGCUUCAGAGGACCAUACAUUAAAAAUGUGGAAUUUACAAAAAACAGCCCCAGCAAAAAAGAGUGCUUCUCUUGAUGUAGAGCCAAUAUAUACCUUCAGAGCACAUAAUGGACCAGUGCUUUGUGUGGUGAUGAGCAGUAACGGUGAACAGUGUUACAGUGGGGGAACUGAUGGCCUCAUCCAUGGCUGGAAUACAACCAACCCAAACAUCGACCCCUAUGAUUCUUACGAUCCUUCUGUUCUAAGAGGUGCUUUUGUAGGCCACACAGAUGCAGUGUGGGGUCUGGUUUACAGUGGCACACACCAGCGUUUGCUGUCCUGUUCAGCAGACGGCACUAUACGUUUAUGGAAAACUACAGAAAUUGCUCCAGCUCUCAAUAUAUUUAAUGAUAAUCAAGAAAUGGGAAUCCCUUCAUCAGUAGAUCUCGUGAGCAGUGACCCAAGCCUCAUGGUAGCAUCAUUUAACACUGGACACACUAGCAUUUUUAACAUGGAGACACGACAACGAAUUCUUACCUUGGAGUCUGGAGUAGAUACUACAGUCAGCUCCUCCUGUCAGAUAAAUAGAGUCAUCAGUCAUCCAACUCUUCCGAUUAGUAUCACGGCUCACGAAGACAGACACAUCAAAUUCUAUGACAACAAUACAGGAAAACUGAUCCACUCCAUGGUAGCUCACUUAGAUGCGGUUACAAGUUUAGCUGUUGAUCCUAAUGGCUUGUACUUGAUGUCCGGCAGUCAUGACUGUUCAAUUCGCUUAUGGAAUCUUGAAAGCAAGACCUGCAUCCAAGAAUUCACUGCUCAUCGCAAAAAAUUUGAUGAGUCCAUUCAUGAUGUGGCAUUCCACCCAUCCAAAUGUUAUAUUGCCAGUGCAGGAGCAGAUGCCCUGGCAAAAGUGUUUGUAUGACAGAGAGCUUCCAUUUCAACUCUAGCUUUGUAUAUAUUUAACCAGCUGCACAAAAGAGAAGAGGCGGGCAUGAAUCUUAUUAUCCUGCCCUAUAAUUCAGAGAAUGUUUGUAAGUGUUUAGUUUUUGCAGGGUGCUGUUUUCUAAAUUGAAGUUUGUUCUGGUUUCUGUGAGCUCAGCUGGUGCUGAGAGCUUGGAAACUCUCAGUUUCAAAUAGUUCAAAAAAAAAAAAAAGGCGCUUUUAUUUCAGAGGGUGUGAAUUUUCGUCCAGGCAGGCCUUGGGUGAAACUAGGUCUAUGUAUUCUCUAUUAAUAAAAUGGAGUACUGGAAAGAAGGGGUUUAAUUGCUUCAGGGAGAGGGAAAAGAGGGAAACUUUCUGGGAUGCUUCUCACUGAGGAAUCAUGAUGUACUUAAAAAUCAAAUCACCUGGAAAAAGUGUCCGUUCACAUGCUCAUUACCGUGUCUUGUGAGAGGCACUUUGUCAUCCCUUUGGUAUUACUAAGCAGAUUGUCUUCAGAGAGCGGUAGCUGAUGCUUAAUCUCAGCCACCUGGCUGCUAGCUUAAGAUAAAUGUGGUUAAAGGAAAGCAAGUUACUAACAUAAAUUGAAAUACAGUAAAGUUUUAUUAAAUCUUCUGUGUUAUACAGCAAAUAUUUAGUUUGCAAAAAAAUUUAUAUAAUUUUUUUAAAGACUGCAUUAGUGUGUGGCUAGAAGCUGAGCCUUUAGUCCCAAUUAACAACAGACUGAAGCAGUCUGUGUAUACUGUAGUAGCAGAUUAACUUAUUCAGAUUUAUAAUGCUGUUUAUUCUUGGAGAUCUGGACAAGAAAUUAUCAUAAGACUUCCCAAAGAAACUCUUUUACAAUAUAACUAUCAAAUGUUCAUCUCCUUCUGUUCCUGCUUAAAAAAAAACAGGUAUCGUUCUGGGCAUUGUGGUACCAUGAAAUGUUUAAUUACUUUUGAGGAUUAAACCUAUGCCUGCUGCUUUGUGUGAGUCCUGCUAGUGUAAUAGUUGCCUACACAAAGUCAGUCUGAAAGAUUCUGCCACUUCUAGAGGUAUUUCCGUACUUCAGCAUUUGUGGAACUUCUCAACGUGUCCACUUCACUGGGUGUAUUAUGCCAUUAAUUAGGUUACCUGAAAAUUGAGUGCUUUUUAAAGUUACUCAACGGAUGUGCUUCUCUGUUGAUACAAGUCGCAAAUAACUUUUAAAACAAUAUUUUGGUGAUUUAAUCCAUUCUUAAAGGAAAGUGAGUGGAUUCUUUUCCAUGUCAUCCUGAGAGUUUUUACUACUCUUCAGUCUGAAGCUGGCAUUUUCCUCAGAAGGAAAGGCAGAAUUGAUGCUGGAGAUUAUUUCUGGUGCAGAUGUGAGUAGGAAAGAGCCCAAUCCAUGCAACUCUUUCAUAUACCAGCCUGAGGUUAAGACUGGAAACUGAUAAAAAUCUUUACCUUUAAACUGACACUUUUUAAGAAGGAAUCAUUGAAAGAUACCAACAUAGGGUUUGACCAUGUUGUUUUUAGUGUGAUAUUUGGAGAUGGGACCACAUUUGAAGCUGAACUCAGAGUUUAGAUUAACUGUAUUAUUUAGAAUAAAAGAUUGACCUGUGCUGUUUGAGCCUGCAACACAUUACUGCUAAAAUAUCCUGGAAUACCUUUUGUUGCUCAGAAUAUUCAGAUAUGUCACUUCAUGAUAUUGAUAUGCAAUAUAUUUCCAUAGAUAAGAUUAGAACUUUUACCGUGAAACAGAUGACUACAAUAGUAAAUCAGAUUAUUUAGUUUUUAUAAAGUGUGUUGGUUGUGAUGAAAAGGGGGAAACUUGGCUGCAAACCUGAGCGUUCAACUUUGUGCGAGUUCUGUGUACUUGACUCAUAUUCUUUCAGUGUCAUUAUUUUAUUUCUUUUUGGAGAGGAAAUUACAAAGAUUUAUUUGAAAAAUUCUAAAAGCUAUGUAU